ACUCUCCAAAUGCUCCAGAGUGUUGCGUAGUUACGUGUUUCCGGAAGACGUGGCGAUUGCUGAAAUUAUAACGGUGCGGCGUUUCGCCUUGAUUUUUGCUCACACGGAAGCAAGUUCAUAGACCGCAGAAAUGAUCUCCUUAACAGAUUCUCAGAAAAUCGGGAUGGGAUUAACAGGCUUCGGCGUGUUCUUCCUCUUCUUUGGGAUGAUCCUCUUCUUCGAUAAAGCUCUGCUGGCCAUAGGGAAUAUCUUGUUUGUUGCAGGUCUGUCAUUUGUUAUUGGUCUGGAGCGUACUUUCAGAUUCUUCUUCCAGCGCCACAAAGUAAAAGCUACCAGUUUCUUUUUGGGAGGAGUGUUUGUGGUGUUGAUCGGAUGGCCGAUCAUUGGCGUGGUACUGGAGAUUUAUGGCUUCUUCCUCCUUUUCAGGGGCUUCUUCCCAGUGGCAGUUGGCUUCAUCAGAAGAAUACCCAUUCUCGGUUCACUGCUUAAUCUCCCCGGCAUCAGUGGGGUAAGUACUGUCCAUGACUCUUUUAUACAUUCAUACUGCAUUGAGGAUUCAGAAAGAUAUGUUACAAAGAAUUAAGUGAAAGGAUAAAUGUUUUGCAUCUCUGGCUAUACACUGACUGAUGGAUGUGUGGAUGUAGGACACAGCUUUUAAUAACUGAGAAAAAUCAACUAUGUAAAUAAGUAUAUCGCAAAGAAUGGAGACUCUGCUGGAGUGUGUACAGGGAUAUGUGAAGAAAAAAUGUCACUGUGUUGUAAUAUAUAUGCGACAAAACCAAGGCUUCUUAUUUCUUUGAAAAGCUUUUCUUCAUAUUUCUUCAACCAAUUACCAGAGCAGACCAGUAUCCAUAAUCACAGAUGAUUUGAAACGGACACUGAAACUGUCCCACUGUAGGUGUCUGGUUGUUUUGUGCAAGGUUGUGUUGUUGUUGUUUGCUAAAAUUCACCCAUGCAGAACUCUCCUUCUAUGAAAUCAUCAGAAGACUGAGCGUCACAUGAUACACUGACAGGUGUGGUGCAUGUAGCAGGCCAAAAAAAUUAAUCCAAACAUAAUAUAUUUAAUAGAAAUUAUGAUGAUGAUUUUCGAUCAGCUUUAUUAUUACCAUGUUGACUGACAGAAAUAUAAAAAUGUAUAUUAAGAGUCUCACUGAGUAGACACCUGAUCACUUAGUUGAUUGUUGUAAAUCAAAUCUGAUACAUUUGAAAAGCCUUGCAUUUGAUUUUCUUUCAAAAAUAUCACACUAUAUACUUGAUGAAGGAAGAUAAUGGCUUUGUAUGAUUGUUUUUUUUUCUAGUUGGUGGACAAAGUCGGUGAAAGCAACGCCAUGGUAUAACAAGAAAAGUCCAUUUAAAACAAUUUUUCUCUGUGUUGUUACCACUUAUUUAAACUCCUCAAUCUUAUUUGUAACUUGACGCCCUUAUCGGCAACCAGUGAAUGUCUGAAAUGAGAAUUUCUCACGUUUGAGAAAGGGCAGUGCUUUUAUGUGGCACAUGUAGUCACCUUGUAAAAAGCAAUGUGACCAAUAGAGAGCUGUUAUUUCUGGAAACUGAUCCACAGCCCAAAUUGGGCUCGGCUACUUUCUCUGCUGCAUCACCUCCAUCGGAGAGGUAACGUGGAUUUGAACCAGUAGAGGGCGUGUUUUGAUGGUGCGCCUAUUUUCCGGCUUUUGAACCAACCUGCUGUGGGAGGAACCGAAGUUUGCUACUUCAUUUUUAGCUUUCUUUAUGCCGCUGUUACAGAAAUCGAAUGAUCUCCAUGUAUGAUGGUGUUACUGGAAUUCUGCUUGUUCAGGUGCCAACUGCUUUUAAGAGUGUGCUGUAUUGAAGCGGGUUGCGAGAACAGCACACCGAAUGAGCUACAAACCUCAUCAUGUUACUGGCUCAGUGAGGAAUUAGUAGCCUUUGUGAAACACACGUGAUACUACAUGUAAAUACGUAUUUUAAGUAAUGUAUAAGACUGAUGUACAUUUUUUUUACACAGAGACAGCAACAGUUUAAUAAACCUCUCCAUGUCUGUA